AUGCCGCUUUGCGAUAUUAUCGCCUCUUCUAUGGAAGAAGUCGGUCUGUAUGGACACAGUGUCUGUAACUAUAGGCGCUUUGCAAUGGGAGUUUCGCUCCCGGUCAGUAGAAGUUUACUGGAUGAUCCAGUGGGUGCAACUGUAUACAGUGAAGACUUCUGCUGGAGGCCUGUGCCAAAGACUGCCUGCAUAAGAUCUGCAACAGCAUCAGGAAACAGAAGCAAUAACCCACACCCAAGCAAGGCUUUCCUGAUAUGGAGGCAUUAUACCGAUCAAAUGAAACAGUUUGAUGGCAGUUCCCCUCUGCAACUGCAUUUUACUGAGAAGGAAAUCCAAAAGGCUUUAAGUGAUCAGUACAGGUCGACAUACAAGUCUGACUUUCUUGGAUUACCUCAAGUGAUCAUGAAGAAACAUGCCUUUAUUGUACCUUUUAACCACAAUCAAGCAGUCCAUUACUUCACCCAGACUGAAAUGAGACACAACUAUCGCUCACCCAUUAUUAAACCUGAGCUGUUGGGGAACACCACUCGCUAUGGAUGCAAUAAACUGCAUGGUGUAGCAGCAAGGGGAAUUGUUCCUACAGUUGAUCACAGCCGCAUUGAUAACCAGGAACGCAGCAAACUACAGAGCACAUACAAUAAACAUUUUGGAAGAAAAUAUACAGAUGUUUCCUCAGAGCUUAAGUCAGUCCCACCUGUUCUGCAGUUUUGUAAAACAUUAGCCAAUAAAGGUAACCUGAGACUCAGGUGCGCUCUGUCUCUAAGCUCUCUAAGCCAUAGAUCGUGCAGCAAAACAAGCAAGCAGCCUCUAAGGAGAAGAAAAGUCACACUGAGAAGACGAGAGUCUCUUUCAGAUCUCUCCCGAUAUGCCACUAGGCAGGAAAAUUCGGGCCUCAUCUGCUGGAGCCCAACUUGA